GGGAGGGCAGAGGCUUUCACUGCGAGCGUGGCGGCGGCGCACACUUCGAAUAAGGGAUAAAGAAGCGGGCCCCUACGAACCCGGGGUCCCUGGGGCCCUGGUUGUUCCAUCCCGAAGGGUCGCCGGGUAAUGGCUGGAUUUGACAUUGAAAACAAUGCUGGCUCGCGGUUGGAGGCAACGGCGAGAGUAGAGGAGGCAGAAGCAACUUAGAGUUUCCGCUUCAACUGGGUAGCAAUGUCUGUCCUGUCCGCGGGCCCCAUGCGGCUGUACCCACUGGAGCCGCAGGUGUUGAUUUAAAGCUCAGCUCCAGCAGGCCUUCUGCUCGCACACUGCGGCGCCCUCACCCACGGCGAAUCCAGCUCCAGGUUUUGUGAUCCGCUUUGCAUGUAGAGGCCGCGCCCUGGACUGCCCGGGGUAGGACUGGAACCUAGGUGUCUGGGGCCCAGCGGGAGUCCCCGCCCUCCCUUCGGUCUCCCGGCCUCAGACCCGUCAGGGACCACUCUGGUGUGGGCCGGCAGCGGUUCCGGGAUGACCCACAGCACCUGCUCCCACUGGCCUUGGCGAAGUGAGCAAUCCCGAGCCAGUCUCCGCAGGGAAACCGAAGCUUCGAAUUCCGGAGAGCGACUCUCGCCCGCCGGCGGCAGCUGUGCCUCCAGAUCGCGGCCUCAGUGGCACCUCUCGGCGAAGCCUCUCUUCACCAAGCUGUCCGCACUAGCUGUCCACUCACUCUCCCAUCACAUCACCCUAAUUUAAUGCUCAGCGGGACAUUUCUUUCAGUCUUGUGUGCCUUCUGUGUUUCUUGUCUGUCUCUGGAAUGUCCACUACAGGGGGCAGUGGUCGAUGUUUUGGGGCGCAGUAUGGGGUUCCCGGCGCCUAGGUCCCGGCCGGGCCGGGAUGCAGUAGACCGUCUUCUUUGCUGAAUGACUGAAUACUUGCCCCAUGUAUUGAAGAGCCUGAGCCCCUGGUCUUCCUGGAGGGGCGUGGCUUUUCAGGCCCCGCCCAGGAGGCUGCUCCCACCUCUAACCCGCUCCUCCCCUUCCUCUCCGAGGAGUUGGCCUCGGGCCGUGCGGUGUUUUUCCCUUUGGCCUCCCUAGCUCUUGCUGCAGCUGUUGCAAAAACCCGGAGCAGCGGAACCUCAGAGCGGCGGAGCGGCGCCGUCUCUCGCGGCACCUCCCCGACAGCCCUUGGCGGCCGCGCUGGGCAUGCUCAGUCGACAGGGCCGCUUCAGUUCUUGGAGUAGGAAGCUUGGGCGCUUCGGCUGUAAGGAGCCGCGGCGGGGGGAAAAUGGAUCCCUUUACUAAUGAAGUUUUAUAGCAUUUAAAAAUAUGAAUUGUUGGGAAAAAAAGAAAAUAAAAUAUGAAUUAUUGGAAAGCUGAAGUGAAAAAUAUCUGCUUCAGCUCCCCAGGAAUAUGAUUGAAAACAGCAUGUUUGAGGAAGAACCAGAUGUGGUAGAUUUAGCCAAAGAGCCCUGUUUGCAUCCUCUAGAGCCUGAUGAGGUGGAAUAUGAGCCCCGGGGUUCACGACUGCUGGUGCGGGGUCUUGGUGAGCAUGAGAUGGAUGAGGAUGAAGAGGAUUAUGAGUCAUCUGCGAAACUGCUGGGCAUGUCCUUCAUGAACAGAAGCUCAGGCCUUCGGAACAGUGCAGCUGGCUAUAGGCCGAGCCCAGAUGGGACUUGUUCCGUACCGUCUGCAAGGACCGUGGUGGUCUGUGUUUUUCUUAUUGCGGUUGCUGUUUCUAUAAUCAUGGUGAUUUAUCUACUGCCCAGAUGUACCUUUACCAAAGAAGGCUGCCAUAAAAAAAACCAAUCAAUGAGACUAAUUCAGCCACUUGCGACAAAUGGAAAGGUGUUUCCGUGGGCACAAGUCAGGCUUCCCACCACCAUUAUGCCACUACGCUAUGAACUUAACCUACACCCAAACCUCACCUCGAUGACAUUCAAGGGUUCUGUGACAAUUUCACUUCAGGCUCUUCAGGCCACGUGGAAUAUCGUUCUUCACAGUACAGGCCAUAAUAUUUCGAGAGUGACCUUUAUGUCAGCAGUUUCAAGCCAAGAAAAACAAGUUGAGGUCUUGGAAUACCCAUUUCAUGAACAAAUUGCCAUUGUUGCCCCUGAAACCCUUCUCGAAGGACACAAUUAUACCUUGAAGAUAGAGUAUUCAGCGAAUAUAUCUAGUUCUUACUAUGGGUUUUAUGGAAUCUCCUACACAGAUGAAAGUAAUGAGAAAAAGUACUUUGCAGCAACUCAGUUUGAACCCCUGGCAGCAAGAUCUGCUUUUCCUUGUUUUGAUGAACCAGGAUUUAAAGCCACAUUUAUCAUCAGGAUCAUAAGGGAUGAGCAAUACACUGCUUUAUCAAAUAUGCCUAAGAACUCAUCAGUCAUCAUGGAAGAUGGACUCGUUCAAGAUGAGUUUUCUGAGAGUGUGAAAAUGAGCACUUACCUUGUUGCAUUCAUUGUUGGGGAGAUGAAGAACCUGAGUCAGGAUGUAAAUGGAACCCUGGUUUCUAUAUAUGCUGUACCAGAAAAGAUUGGUCAAGUUCACCAUGCCUUGGAAACAACUGUGAAGCUUCUUGAAUUCUAUCAAAACUACUUUGAAAUUCAAUACCCGCUUAAGAAAUUGGAUUUGGUGGCUAUUCCUGACUUUGAAGCAGGAGCAAUGGAAAAUUGGGGUUUGCUCACCUUCCGAGAAGAAACACUUCUGUAUGACAACAAUACUUCUUCAGUGGCGGACAGAAAACUGGUUACUAAAAUUAUUGCUCAUGAGCUAUCCCAUCAGUGGUUUGGUAAUCUGGUCACAAUGGAGUGGUGGAACGAUCUGUGGCUAAAUGAAGGGUUUGCUACAUUCAUGGAGUAUUUCUCUUUGGAAAAAAUAUUUAAAGAGCUCUCCAGUUAUGAAGAUUUCUUAGAUGCUCGAUUUAAAACCAUGAAGAAAGAUUCCUUGAAUUCAUCUCAUCCAAUAUCAUCAUCAUCUGUUGAAUCUUCAGAACAGAUUGAAGAAAUGUUUGAUUCUCUUUCCUAUUUUAAGGGAGCUUCCCUCUUGUUGAUGCUGAAAACUUACCUCAGUGAAGAUGUAUUUCAACAUGCUAUUGUUUUUUACCUGCAUAAUCAUAGCUAUGCAUCCAUUCGAAGUGAUGAUCUGUGGGAUAGUUUUAAUGAGAUCACAAACAAAACACUAGAUGUAAAAAAAAUGAUGAAAACCUGGACCCUGCAAAAAGGAUUUCCUUUAGUGACUGUUCAGAGAAAAGGAAGGGAGCUUCAUGUGCAACAAGAAAGAUACUUUUUAAAUACGAAGACUGAAAUUCAACCUUCAGAUGCAAGCUAUCUCUGGCAUAUUCCACUAUCCUAUGUCACUGAGGGAAGAAAUUUCUCAAAAUACCCAUUGGUAUAUUUACUGGACAAGAAGUCAGGUGUCAUCAAUCUUACAGAAGAAGUGCAGUGGGUCAAAGUCAAUACGAACAUGAAUGGCUAUUAUGUUGUACACUAUGAAGAUGACGACUGGGAAGCACUAAUCAAACAGCUGAAAGCAAAUCCUUAUGUCCUGAGUGACAAAGACCGAGCCAACCUCAUCAACAACAUCUUUGAGCUUGCAGGCUUAGGCAAGGUAUCUCUUCAGAGGGCUUUUGAUUUGAUUGAUUACCUUGGAAAUGAGACCUAUACCGCACCCAUCACUGAAGCCCUGUUCCAGACCGGCCUCAUCUAUAACCUCCUUGAAAAGCUAGGAUACAUGGAUCUGGCCUCAAGAGUAGUGGCCAGGGUAUUUAAAUUACUUCGAAGCCAAAUCGAACAGCAGACUUGGACUGACGAAGGCCCCCCAUCUGCCCGGGAGCUUCGGUCAGCCUUGCUGGAGUUCGCAUGCGCCCACAGCCUCGAGAACUGCAGCACUGUGGCCAUGAAGCUGUUUGACGAUUGGGUGGCAUCCAAUGGAACUCAAAGCCUACCUACUGAUGUCAUGAGUACUGUGUUCAAGGUUGGAGCAAAAACAGAGAAAGGCUGGUCAUUCCUGUUAAGCAAGUAUGUCUCUAUAGACUCCGAAGCAGAAAAGAAUAAAAUACUUGAAGCUCUUGCCAGCUCAGAGGAUGUACGGAAACUUUACUGGUUAAUGAAAAAUAGCCUCAGUGGCGAUACCAUCCGAACACAAAAGCUGUCUUUCAUCAUUAGAACAGUUGGCCAACACUUCCCUGGACACUUGCUGGCAUGGGAUUUUGUCAAAGAGAACUGGAGCAAGCUUGUCCAGAAGUUUCAUCUGGGGUCCUAUACCAUACAAAGUAUUGUUGCUGGGUCGACGCACCUGUUUUCAACAAAGGCGCAUUUGUCUGAGGUCCAGGCAUUCUUUGAAAAUCAGUCAGAGGCAACCUUUCGGCUUCGCUGUGUCCAGGAGGCUCUGGAAGUCAUCCAGUUGAAUAUCCGUUGGAUGGAGAAGAACCUCAAAACUCUGACAUGGUGGUUGUAGCAUGCACAACUGUGCCCCAUUUUGUUGCCCAUUCAGAGAGCUUGUUAACGUGGGCUCUGCUGCUUUUGCAAAAAGCCAAGGUGAAGUCAGAAUUGCUGCCGAGUCAUUUGCAGUCUUUAGGAGUUCUAGUUCGCUCAGGGCCCGUCUGUGUUUUUCAUCUGUCUUUCUUGAAUUGUCUUUGGGCAGUACAUAGUUAUUUAUUACAAAAUUAUAUUCACCUAUAUGCCAACAUCUACAAAAACAGUGAGCAAUUUUUCUACUUUGAAGAUACACAAAUGGGGGCGGGGGGGGGGGAAACGUCUGUUUUGGUUCUGUUCUGUUUCUCAGUAUCCGGAAAGUACUGACCCAGCGAAACAAGGGAAGAUCUACCGUGGGAGCCGGCCUCUGCGGGCGCUGCUUUGCCAGCCUUGUUGCUGCCUAGUGAUAGAUGAUAGAUGUUCCUUGAGUGUGGUACAGAACAUAGCUUCAAAAACUAUGGUAACGAAGUCUGCAAAUCCUAAAACUGUUAGAAAACUGAUCUCAGGUGUGCAGAUCUACUUUGGUUUGAGGUUUUGAUUAAUCUUUUAUUUUCUGAAACAAAGUUUUAAAUAAGAUCUAUAGCUUCUAUUUUUUUUUCUUCUGCAGAACAGCCAGGUGCUACAGAAUUUUUAAAUUUUUGUUGUUCUGAAAAGCUAAGUAACAAGGAUAAGAGAUUACAUUUUCCAGAUAUCUAGUACUUAUUUUUUCAUCUUUUAGGAAAAUGUUUCAAACUGAGCUAGCUUUAAUUAUAAUUAUUUUAUUUAUGAAUUCCAAUAUUCUCCCAAUCUGUACACCUUUAUCAUUCCCUGCCAUAGAUAUACCUUGUGUUAUAGAAGAAUAUGUCUACAUGUGUGGCGAGCAUUUUGUUAGUACUGUUGUCUUUUAUCAUGACUUUAUCACUGUUACUAAAAAUAAAAUUAGUUUAGGUUGCCUUUGAUGUUACCUGAUCAUAGACACUUGCCCUGUCAGUCAUACUCCUGUGUAGAUUUUCAUGUUAUAUGGUAGCAUAUAUUAGAAGCAUAUUUUAAAAUAGGGCCUUUGUGAAAUUGAACAUUUUUAUUUGAAGUUCACCAUAGUACCUUAAAGGAAUAAAGAGAAUAUGGGAUAGGAGUAACUUGAUUCAGAUUUAAUAUGGUGGGCUUUGAAUUUUUUCUACUAUCAAAACAGUACUUUUCUUUAGUUGAAAAAUCAGUGGGUUUUAUUUGUUUUGUUUUAUUUUGUUUCUAUCAUGGCCAAACUAACUGAUUAAAAGGAAUGGCCAAGGAAAGAAAGAAAGGGAAGAUUUCUGAAAUCGUAUGGCAUUUUCACUCCUUGUAAAGGAGAAAUACUGUACUUGAAUUUUUCGAGCUAUGCAGACUUAAUACCUAGAUUGUUGAGUUUCUCUGAUUCUUAGGGGAAAAGCUUUCUUCCUAAUAAUUUUUGAGUACUUAAUAUUUUGUUUGAAAACAUCUUCUGUGUACAUAAAAAGGGUAGAUACCCAUUUGUGAGCACUUAAAACACUCCAGAGAAUCAAUGGGAAAGUUAGCAGGUAUACAGUGAAAAUAUGUGGGAUUGUGUAUAAAAUUAUAUUUUAUUUUAUGAAAAUAUUUUUAUAUACCAAAAUUUAAAAUGCUGGCAAGCUAAAAGGUAGCUUUCUUUAAUCCUAGUGUGUUUUUCCCCAAGUUAGUCUUUUCUAAACAUUUACCUCUGGUUCAGAGUACAAAAUAUUAUAUCCUGAGAAUUGCAGAAUCCUCUAAAGAUGUGUUAUGGAAACUGGGGUGAUUGUAGGUCUUUAUUCCUCUUGUGCUCAGCAGACGAAUAAUAGUUUAGUUGAUAUUGGAAGUUAGUGUGUUUUUAUAUUUUUAGAGUGGGGAAAAUACUAAACUUUUGAGGGGUUUUUUGGUUGCUGGUUUUUUACCAUGUUAUAUUACUGAAUUCCACUUUGAUACAGAGUUUAAAUUUUGCUACUUCUCAACAUUAGUUAAGAUUCUUCAGUUAUACCUGCCCAUCUUUCCAUUGCUCCUGUAAUGUGUGUUAACUCUGCAUAUGGCAAAUCUUAUCUUGAAUUAUAUCAUUUUUCCUGAGUGUGUGUAUAUGUGUGUGUGGGCAGAGGGUAAUGUUUAAGUAAUCCUUAUCAAAACAUGGGCUAAAAGAAGAGCUGCCUUGUAA